CAGUUUACUUUCGGUUUUAGUACCAACUAGAUCACGUCUAAGAGUAGUCUGUAGUACUGAUUAUAGGCGCUGCUGAAUUACAGAUUUAACUAACAAUGAAUAUCUAUCUGGUGGCUGUCGUUCUGGCGCUGGCAUUGUGCAGUGUCAACGCUAAAGAAUCCCCUCCCAAGGUGCAGGUGUACAGCCGUAACCCUGGGGAAUAUGGGAAGGGUAACACUCUCAUGUGCCACGUGAGCGGAUUCCACCCCCCUGACAUCACCAUCGAGCUGCUGAAGGACAACGUAGAGAUCCCCAGCGCCAAACAGACCGACCUGGCUUUCGAGCAGGGCUGGCAGUUCCAUCUCACCAAGACGGUGGAAUUCACACCAGUCAAGGGCGAGAACUAUGUGUGCAGAGUCAGACACCUGUCCAACACCAAAACCUACACCUGGGAUCCUGAUAUGUAAGGGUUGGGAGCAGUGUGGUGGAUAUAGGCAGCAGGUACAGUCACAUGGGAAGAAUGUGCCCAGACAUUCUACUUCUGGAAUUUUCAGCUUAUCAGCAAUCAAAGCAAAGCCUUCACCACUGCAGUAACAGGCAAUCAGGUCUGCUAGAAAAUGAGAUGGACAUAAAACUGAACUUGGAAAGUAAAAGUCACUGGGUUUUUGCUGUAUUUUAAUUUACAAUGAUAUUUCUCCUGCUUCUAAAACAUAUUUAAAAUGGCUUCACAUCUGCAAACUGCUGCUGGGACUCUUGGAUUUUACAUUCUUUUCAAACAUUAAUGUUAAUAGAAAACUGGGAAGUUUUUGGGUAACUUAGCAACAAUAACAGCUGUUUCUUUUCGAUCUUGCAAAUUAGGAACUCACCUAAAAGAUUAAAUACUUUCCUCCAUUAAAGAGAGAGAUUUUGUUGGAUGCUAGCACACCUAUUAAAGUAUUUGGAAUAGAAAGGACGGUGAAUAUUUGCACUAUGUUUGUGAACAUUUAAUUUUCAAAUAAAGUUGUUAAAACUA